AAAGCCUGCUCAACGGACCAAUGGUUGAGCCCUGUUGUGCAAAGUUGAGGAACGACAAGCCAAUCAUUGAGCCCUGUUGAGGAGAGCUGAGCAGCGAUCAGCCAAUCAGAGACCUCUGUUGUGGAAUCGUCAUUCGAGACUGAGCUGUGUUAGAAAAAUUCUGGCGGCCAUCUUUUGUUAAUGCAGUCGGCCGUUUGACAGAUUUGACAGACUAAUAUUUUUAUUCUCAGAAAGAAUGGAGAGCCAUGAUUCAGGUAAACUGCUGCUGCUCUCCACGACCACGACCGGUCCGGCGCCAACUUCGUCAAGAAGUACGAGUCCAGGUGGGGCUACACCCUCUUUGGUCGUUGCCUCGGAGCCGACACGCCAGAGACCAGCGCAGCCCAGAAGACCAAGUUUGGCUGGAUGAGGUACCCCCAAGCAGCGCAGGUGACCGAGGAGAGCCGUCUUCUGUACCUCCUGAUUAAGAUGCUGCAGCACCAUCCCACCUGCAGCAAAUUCCACUUGUCUCCCAGCAAGCUGACCUCAUCCAUCAAAGGCCAGUACAAGAGGAUUGCCGACAGAGUGAGGGACGACCCGGUCGUGGGCAGCCUCGCCAUCCCGCUGCCCAACAUAAACGUCAAGUCCAUCAGCAACUUUUUCAGGAGGGAGGAGAAGAUGGCCAACUUCAGGGCAACGGUCAGGCCAAGAGUGAAGACUCAUCGGAAUGUUCUGUCAGGCCAACCAAUGCCUGAUGCCCCUGCUCUGCCGUCGUCACUGCCACCACCAGAUAGACCUCAGGUGCAGUACCAGGAGCCUCACCAUGUCGCUGGCAAAAGGCGUGGGGAAAAGCGGAGGUUGGACUUUGAAGACCCACAGCCAGACUGUCAACCAGGGCCUUCAAACCGCUGUAUCCAGCCCAAGCCUGCCACUGCAUCCUACGUGCCAUCUGCCGUGGCAAAAGCACCUGUCCUCCUGGUGCUGCCAACCCAACCACAGGCUCCAUCAGUGAGGUUGCUGCCAUCUGCCAACCCAGUCUUCCUCCCUGUCCUCCCACAGUGAAACCUGUUAUGCCCAACAAGUCCAAUAAGCCAUGUGGGGCUUGCAAGGUGCCGCAGUGUGGGGGGCAGCGGAAGAAAUACACCCCUUCCAAAGACAAGGUGGCUGGAAGCAGCCAGAAAAUCUUCACCUUUUGUCCCUCCACCAAUAUGUCCACCACACCUGGCUUCGAAGGUGUAACAUACACCAGCUAUGAACACUUUAAAACUGUGGUGGAUGGGGAACUGGAGAAGAGGAGAACCACCCUCUAAACCUGUUGUGGGUUGCAAUGACUGUCACACACACUGACACACACACACACACACUGACAGACACAUACACGCUGACACACACACACACAUACUGACAGACACAUACACGCUGACACACACACACACACACACUGAGACACACACUGAGACACACACACACAAUGAUGUAAAUAAUGUGAAAUUGUUUAAAAACGUUUUAAAUGUUUAUAAUGUAUAUUUAUUUAACUUAUUUGUGUGUUGUUUUUUACAUACAUGUUUUAGUGUAAUUCAUGUGUUUCAUACAAAAUGUUCAUUCAUGUUUCAUUCAUACAUAUCUGUUACUACCUGAAAUUACCUUUUGCAUCAAGCAUUUGGGAUUCGUCACGUCAUGUUUGAUUUCACGUUUCAUUCCUGUGGUGUCAAUAAAAUUCAUUUAUUGCAUUUGAAAA